UUUAUUAAGGCGAACGGAUAUCGUAAUGGUAUAGAGUAAAGUGUCAACUGUCAAAAAAUCGCCAUAUUGGAUUUUGUUCAACUUACAGUGAGGAUGAUAUCGCUUGUCUUUACAUGAAGGAAACUAUAUAUCAUCUGAAGGACGUCUUUUCUGAUGGACAAAGACGAGUCCUUCAACCGCAAACAGUAUUGCAACGGUAAAAGUUGAUGAAAAUCUAUCUAGAAGUCAGAAAAAUUGAGAAGAUUUUGCGAAAAGUACUUUCAUUGGAUAAUCCAUUCAAAAGUACUCUUUGAGAGAAUCUUCACUCAUUUUUUUUCUUUUUAUAUAUAUAUAUUUAUAUAUAUAUAAAUUAACUAAUUAUGUAAAGUAAAAUAUGAAAUCCAAAAAUGUAAAUAUCAAAGGAAAAUAUAUGUUCUUAUAAAUCACAGUCAAUUUUAUAUUAUUAUAAAUAUAUAUAUAUUUGUGUAUAUUAGGUGUAUGUUUUAUCUAAAGUUUAAAAAGAAAAAGAUGUCGAAUGCUUGAACAGUUUUUAUGCAUAUCUUCAGUUGUGUGUGAAUUUUGUGUUGUGAUCUACAUUUUGUUUGCAACAGACAUUAAAUAUACUGUAUUCAUGAAUUCAAACUCUUCUUGAACAAAAUUACUAUUGUUAUAUCUACAAGAUUCCUUGUAAAUGGAUAUAGGUGCGACGUCACAGUUUAGAAUUAUGUCGACGAAGCUGUUGAAAGGCUUAGUCAGUAAAAAUAAACGCAGAUAUCGAGAAGAUGGUUUUGAUUUAGAUUUAACAUAUAUCUUCAACAAUAUAAUUGCUAUGGGUUUUCCUGCCGAAAAACUGGAAGGUGUAUACAGAAAUCACAUAGAUGAUGUAGUAAAGUUAUUGAAAGCUUUUAUGUUUCAGGGAAGAACGGGAGUGAUGAUUUGUGCUUACAUGUUGCAUAAAAGGAUAUGUGAAACUCCAGAAGAAGCUUUGAAUUAUUAUGGCCAAGCCAGAACUAGAGACCAAAAGGGCGUGACCAUACCAAGUCAGAGGAGGUACGUCAAUUAUUAUGGUGAACUAGUCAGGAAGAAUUUAGAGUACAAACCAAUGAAUGUUAUUCUCAGGUCAGUCCAACUGGACAUACCCACCUUUAAUGGAGGAACAUGUCCGUUUUUUGUCGUGUACCAGUUUCAGUCGAAACUGUAUCAAUCGCCUGUGAUAGAACUAAAGAAAGGUUCCAAAUCUCUGAAUUUCACAAUUCCACAAGUAUUAUUAGUCAUUGGUGAUAUAAAAGUUGAAUUUUAUAAUAAACCAAAAAUGAUGAAAAAGGAAAAAAUGUUCCAAUUGUGGUUCAACACGUUUUUUAUUCCUCUGGAAAAUAACAGCCAGGGAAACUAUCCUGUGGAGAACUGGUACAGUGAGAAGACAUCAUCUACUGUAAAUAGCUGGAAUGAAGAGCGGAGCGAAGGCUACUUAGACCAAAGUAAAAAAGAAGACUUUUCGCUACCGAAGAGGUUACCAUUAGAAAUAGCCAAUGACGGCAGGAAUAAUUCCGAACAAAACAGAAGGUUGUGUUUAACGUUUCCAAAGGAGGAACUAGAUAAGUCACCGAAGUACAAAGGCCAGAAAUUAGAUUUCAAAGUUCAACUGUUCUUCAGCGAAGUUUCGGAACUUUCCAACGAUUCUUCGUGUCCGAGCCACGAGAGUCUGACUCCCAGUCUCAGUGCCAGCGACACAGCCAGUAGUCAUGGCGAAGUCGGCAGUGACAAUGACCCGCUGGAUGACCUGGACACGGAAUCCGAAGAGGACGAGUGGGAAGGUUGUGAGGCCGUAAACGUUUGAUCAUUACUUAAGUGCGUGUCGAGCUAAUUCUGCAUAGCAAUUAAGAUGUGUACAUACUUCCGGUCGAAUUCCAUUAUGUUGCGAGUAGUGGAAAAAAUUCUGUUGUAAAUAAUAUUUCUGCAUGACCGAAGCUGGCCCCGCCGUCGGACGGUCCGGCCAAAAGUACAAAAUUAGCUUUAGUUGUGCAAAAGUUCGUAAGUCCUUAUCUGGAUAUAGUACAAUCUUUUGCUAAUUAUCGAUGUUUGUGAAAGUUUAAUUAAUUGUGUUUAUAUGCCUUUACUAAAUUGAAAGUUGUUUUUUUUUUGCCAUUUUAACCCUUGAACUUUUGUGUCAUUCUUUUUUUAUUAGUAUGUUUGUCUUCCAAAUUUUGUACAGUAAAUGGUUUAUUUAUGUACAUAAUAAUAAUAAUUAAUCAUAUUUUCUUUUUUUCAUAAUUUUAUUCUGUAAUUUCCUUUAAGAAUGAUUAAUAUAUUUUAUAUUUCUAAUUGAUAUAAUAAUUCAAGGGUUAAAAACAUUAAUUUCAGAAGCUUACUAAAACACCAAAUUAUUAUUAUUAUUAUUAUUAUAAGACAGAUUAGCUUUCCCUAACUUUCAGUCUUUACAAAUUACUAACAACUAUACAGAGAUGAAUUUCAAUUUCAUAAAGUAUGAAGCUAUGAGUGCUAUAAUUUCUCUUUACCAGUCAUACUGGUGCAAUAACAUCUGUUAGGCGAAGACAUUCGAGAGAGACAGAUUGCUGCUGUUAAUUUUUCCUUUAAUCCCAAAUGAAAAAUUUGGAGUUUUAUAAUUGAUUUUAAACAGACCGUGUUGACAAUUUUCUACGUAAUUUUUAAACAAGUCGCGGAUGAGAAGUUAUUAUUUUACGUGAAAUUAAACCGUAAUGUAAGGAAAUAGUGGUUAUUUAAAAAAA